AUGAAUCAAUGGUUAAGAGGCUGCCAGAAAUUGGAAAAGGUCAUGGCAGAAAACCUCACCGUGGUGACUGAAUUCCUGUUGCUGGGUUUUUCGAGCCUUGGUGAAAUUCAGCUGGCCCUCUUUGUGGUUUUUCUCCUCCUCUAUAUUGUCAUUCUCAGUGGCAAUGUCACUAUCAUUAGUGUCAUCCAUCAAGAUCAGAAUCUCCACACUCCAAUGUACUUCUUCCUUGGCAUUCUCUCAACAUCAGAGACCUUCUACACGUUUGUCAUCCUACCCAGGAUGCUCAUCAAUCUCCUCUCUGUGGCCAGGACAAUCUCCUUCAUCUGUUGUGCCAUUCAAAUGUUCUUCUUCCUGGGUUUUGCUAUGAACAACUGCCUGGUACUGGGAGUGAUGGGUUAUGAUCGCUAUGCUGCCAUCUGCCAUCCUCUGCGUUACCCCACCCUUAUGAAUUGGCAGGUCUGUGGAAAAUUGGCAGCCGCCUGUGGGAUUGGAGGCUUCUCAGCCUCACUUAUAUUAGUGAAUUUAGUUUUCAGCCUCCCUUUCUGUGGUGCCAACAAGGUCAACCAUUACUUCUGUGACAUCACCCCAGUCAUUCGUCUGGCUUGCACCAAUACAGAUGUUUAUGAAUUUGUUGUGUGCAUCUGUGGGGUUCUUGCAGUUGUGGUACCAUUUUUAUGCCUCUGUGUUUCUUAUCUCUGCAUUCUGAGGACGAUCUUAAAGAUUCCCUCUGCUGAAGGCAGACAGAAAGCUUUUUCCACCUGUGCCUCUCACCUCACUGUUGUUAUUGUUCACUAUGGCUGUGCUUCCUACAUCUACCUCAGGCCAACAGCAAAGUAUGCAUCUGGCAAGGUCAGGCUGGUAACAGUGAUGUACACCGUUGUCACUCCAUUAUUAAGCCCCAUGGUUUACAGUCUCAGAAACAAGGAUGUCCACGUUGCUCUCAGACAAGUUUUGGGGAAGAAAGGAUCUCUAAAACUAAAUAAUUGA